AUGAACGGCGCUGUGGUUGCCGUUGGCUCCGAUUCCCCUUGGUUGGAUUGUCAACAACUCCGAGCCAACCAGAAGUUCCAGAACGGAGUUCAGUACUGGAUCCAAGACAUGUCUGCUGCUGUUGAUUUGUUUGCACAGUUUACCUACACUUACCAGUUUCGAGGACUGAGGAACAUCCAAACCUACGGACAUACCUACGGAUCUGCCGAUGAUGUUACCCGGAUCAUUCCCCAGCAGGACUCUCAGAACAUUGAAGAUGCUGGCGAUGUCAUCAGUAAGGCAUACAAUAUCACCGUCGGCGACAACUUAGUAGAAGCUUACUGCGAUAUGAAAACGGAUGGAGGAGGGUGGACGGUUUUCCAAAGGCGAAUGGACGGAUCAGUUGACUUUAACCUUGGAUGGAGCGUCUACGCUGCCGGAUUUGGAAACGACAAUCUGAAUCUACUCGCGCUACGAAAUAGUGAACUAAGGAUAGAUCUGGAAGCUUUUAAUGGCACGAAAGUGUAUGCCAUGUACAAUUUUUUUGCUGUCGGCAAUGCAACAACCAGCUACAAUCUGGAUAUAGCAGGGUAUUCAGGUACGCUUUGA